AUGACUACUUUUUCAAAUUCAUCACAAUUACAAGCCAAUAAUGCAUUAAAUGGUAUACUGUCAAAAGUUUUACCAGGAUCAUCAAAACUUACUACAACAUCUUCUAAAAAAUAUAAUAAAAAAUUUAAAGGUUCUAAAGCUCAAUUAAUUAAUAAUACCUUAAAGAAGAGAGUAGAAUUACAAAAAAGAGAUGUCAUAAAAAUUAGAAAGAAUGAAAGAAAAUUAAGAAAGCAACAGAUGAAAUCAAAAAAAUUAGAAAAGAUGAAUUUAGAGCAAAUGGCUAAAUUAGAAAUAUUAAAGAAACAUCAAAUGGAAAAUUCUUUGACAACUGCAGAACAAAAAUAUUUGAAUAAAUUAGUAAGGAAAAAUGAAUCAAAUUUGAAAAGUUGGGAACUGGAUGAAGAAGACAAGGAGGAAUUACAGGAAUUACAAGAUUAUAUUAUUGGCAAAGUUUCUAAAUCAAGUAAAUUAUCUAGACGCAAAGGGAAAGGUAAUAAGAGACAAGUUAAUGAUGAACUUAUUGCUACCAUAGACGCUGAUGAUGGUUCAGAUCGUGCAUAUCCUGGUCUAACUCCUGGUUUGGCUCCAGUUGAUUUAAGUGAUGAAGAAGACUCUAGUGAAGAAGAAGAGGAUUUUGAUGAUGAUUAG